CUAUUCAGAUUUAUUGUUAACUGUGUCAUAUCAUGCUGUGCUUUAAAACUUUGUGGUAUGGGUUUCUGCAUGUUGUUUAAUUCAAUAUGUUGAUAAUUGAUAUUAUAUUCCAUUUCUAAUUAUCUUUUUGAAUUGACGUAGUUUUAUUUGAAAAUCACCUUAUUUUCUAUAUUGGGUAUAGAUGACAUAAUGUCUCAUUUAUCAACAAACGUCACUGCACCAUUGCCAACCCUCUAUGAAUAUUACACAUCAAAUGGCAUUAAAUCUGGUUUUAAUGCCGACCGGAGCUAUUUUACCCUUAAUGAAAAAAAUAUAACGCUAUAUUCUGGUGCAAUGCACUACUUCAGGACUCCCAAAAAGCUAUGGCGAAAUCGUCUAAGGAAAAUGAGAGCUGCAGGGCUGAAUGCUGUUGAAACUUACGUUCCUUGGAACUUACAUGAGCCUAGACCAGGUGAAUUUGAUUUUGGCAAUGGGGGAUCAGAUAUGCAAGACUUUCUAGAUAUUGAAACUUUUCUCAAAAUAGUACAAGAAGAAGACCUUUUAGCGAUUUUAAGGCCUGGACCAUACAUUUGCGCAGAAUGGGAAUUUGGUGGUUUUCCCAGUUGGUUAUUACGUGAACGUGAUAUUAAGUUUAGGACGUCUGAUACCAAGUAUUUUAGUGCUGUUAAAAGGUUUUUUAAUGCCCUUCUUCCAAUAUUGGCAGCACUGCAGUUUAUAAAUGGGGGGCCGAUUAUUGGAUUUCAAGUAGAAAAUGAAUAUGGCAGUACUGUUACUAGCUCCUUUAGACCUGAUAAAAAGUACUUAAGACAACUUAGACAAAUUUAUUUAGAUAAUAAUAUUACUGAACUCUUAAUGACCGCUGAUGGUGUGACAGUUUUUCGAGAUGCAGGAACUUUACCGCAGUACUUUUUGGUAACUGCUAACUUUAAUGGUAAUCCAGUUAGUUCUUUCAAUGCCCUUGAACAGAUUCAACCAGGCAGACCUAAAAUGGCGAUGGAAUACUACCCGGGGUGGUUUGAUCACUGGGGCGAAACCCAUCACACUACCUCUGAGAUGCAGUUAAUGCUAAACCUCUACUCAAUUAUUGCCUAUCCGGGAUCAUUUAACAUUUAUAUGUUUCAUGGAGGCACUAGUUUUGGGUUUUUAAAUGGGGCUAAUCUGAAUAAUCAAUUAACUGAUAAUAGCGCUUACCAACCUGAUAUUACUAGUUAUGAUUAUGCGGCUCCAUUAACAGAGGCGGGGGACUACACAAAAAAAUAUGAUUUAAUAAAGACGUUGCUUCAAAGUUAUGCAUCUCCUAAAACUAGGUUACCAGAAAAACCUCAAAAGACUUUACGGAUAGCUUAUCCAAACGUAUCAAUUGUUGAGCAUAUUUCUAUCAAAAGCCUUUUAGAUUCUCAACAAAUAAAACUGGAAUAUGCUACAACUAUCCCUAUGGAGCUCUUGGAUAUUAACAACGGAACUGGUCAGUCAUUUGGAUAUAUUACAUACAGAAAAGAGCAUCUUAAUUUGCCUGCAAAUGCUAUAUUAAAUAUUAGUGGACAUAUUCGUGAUACUGUUAUGGUAUUUGUUAAUGGAAAACUUAUUUCACUACCCCUUCGUACCUCUGACGAUCUGGAUCACUUUGGUUUUUGGAGACUCAAUAACUCACAACUAAUUUUAACAGAAACCGCUCUUUGGGAUGCCACUUUGGAUUUGGUAGUAGAGAAUUGGGGCAGGGUGGGUUAUGGAAAAUUACCACAAUAUUAUCAGUUUAAAGGACUUUGGCAAACAGAUAUUUUAAUUAAUAAUAAAGCAGUCAUAUUAUGGCAGCACAUUCCAUUAGAGUUUAAAAAGGUAUGGACUAAUAACUUGCGAGGUUGGCAGAAAGUAAGGCAGUCAACAGGUCCAGGAUUAUAUAAAGGAUAUUUCUACGUGGAUACCGCCCCAUAUGAUACCUACAUUGAUAUGAGGCUAUGGACAAAGGGCAUAGUGACCAUAAACGGAUUUGUACUGGGAAGAUAUGCAACAAUAGGACCGCAACAAUGUCUUUAUUUGCCAGCACCCCUCAUUAAUAGGGGCUAUAAUGAAAUUGUGAUUUUUGAACAUUAUGAGGCUUCUGAUACCAUCGCAUACUCUCACGAGAUGUGUUGGGAAACUAAGUAGAGUAUUCGGCAUAUUUUUUUUUAUUUUUCAAUAAAACUAAAAGUUACAUAUUUGAAGUAUUAACUAAGUUCGUGAAGAAUCCAAUGUAAUUGUUGAGUUGAAUAAAUAUCAUGUACUGAGUGUA